GCUUGUUAAACUUCUAUAUAGGGUCAUCGAUCUUCAACCUGCAAACAUUUCGAGAGACCAUUGAUUGAAAUACGAAAAAAAGGAAGACCUGUCAGCCAGUGUGUUUACUGCCGAGAUUUAAGAAAGACAAAACAAAUUCAUGUCAAAUGUAACUGUAUUCGCAAAAAUAAAUGUUAGUAUAUGGUUCUAUCGACUAUGUAAGAUAUUUAUUUUCUUUUAUAGCAUUGUGCUGGCCUGGCCUAUCUUAUACAGAUAUUGUCAAUCAUACAAUAAAAAAGAAUCAUGGAAACCAUAGCAACACUAAAGAAUGCGCUUGUUCUGAGAAACAGCAAGAACAAGAACAACAGCAACAACAUCAACAUCAACAAUAUCAACAACCUAUCGUAGAAGAACAUAUAAAAGAACCUCCAAUCAACAGACUGUGUGGUAGCAUGAUCCCUCAUCAAUGUACAACAAGCAUUCCGUUAACUAAAGGAGAGUCUGUCGUCAUGACGAUGACGCCUUUACACACUUCUGCCAUGCCAGUGACACGCAUUGUUACCUGUUAUUGUGGUGAGGCUUGUAUCUGCCCUGGUUGCUUUGUGCACCCUGACAAUUAUUUACAACUUGCGCAGCUACCAUCCACCAUCGAUCAGCUGUAUCAACAACAACAACAACAAUCCUUUUGCUUUAUCUAAACUGUUUCAUUCCUUUCCUUUCGCUUUUUAUGCCCUUGUUUAUGCUUAUGAAAAAAUAGAUGGAUUGAAAAUACUUUACCCCUUUCAUAAAUAAAAAUUAUGCGGAUCCUUUUUCGUGUGUGUGUGUGUGGAAGAGAAGGGAAAGAAAAAAGAGAAAAGGGGGCUUAUGGUAUUGUUA